AUGCCUGUGCGCGGACGCGGACUACAAGGCUGCCUUUUCCAGCUGCGUGACGGCAAAUUGCACGAUGGAAGACGGACUGCGUAUGUCAUAUCUUUACAAGAAGAAUCUGAGGAUAUCGGAUCUAACGACAGCAAAGUCGCAAAGUACGUGGAGUCUCGCCAAUGUGGCCUUCCUAUUAUCCAGCGCUAUCCUGAAGCCGACGCCGGCACCAUUAUCCCGUUUUCUAUUUCGACCAUCCUUUUCGUCGUUCGAAUGACAGCCAAAACAAUGCGCUUGGGGGGAGGGUGGGGUGCGGACGACUAUACUAUCAUUGGAGCAUACUGCCUGGCAGUUGUUGGCUUUUCCGUCAAUAUCUCAACACUCACUCUUUCGCAGCAUUUCUACGCUUUUGUUCUCGUAUACAAAGCAUUAAUAUCCCUCGCCAAGAUCUCCGUCUGCCUCUUUCUUCUACGGAUCUUCCAGUCCACUGUCUUCCGCUGCACUGCAUACACUAUGAUUGGAAUCAAUUCUGCGAUUGCCAUCAGUUGGAUGCUGGUCGAUAGCUUCCACUGUAUUCCGGUCCACCUCGCCUGGACACAAUGGCAGGGCGUGGAACAGGGGAAAUGUGUUAAUUUCACCGCGGCCACUUUCGCGAACGGUUUCGUCAACAUUAUUGUCGAUGCUGUCAUGGUCGUGAUGCCCGUCUACGAAAUUUCCAAGUUGAAUCUCUCUCGGCAGAAGAAGAUGGGUGUGGCGCUUAUGUUUGCGUCAGGGUUGAUUUUAACAAUGAUUGGAGUGGUCCGGGUCAUUGUCUUUUCAAAGAAUAGCUCGAACCAAAACCCGACAUACGAGAUGGAGGCCCUCAACCGUUGGUCGGUGAUCGAAUGCCAGGUCGCGAUUAUCUGUGCUUGUCUCCCAGCCACUCGCGCUAUGCUGGUCCGCUUUUGCCCCGGCCUUCUAGGAGUGUCGACCGGGCAAGCCUCCAGUGGGCAGCCGUACCAGAAGAAGACGCCUACUGGAGCCGAACUGAGGCUGGGUCAUCUUACGAACAAGAGCGGUAUCUCGAAGACGGUAUCGUACUCUAUUGACUAUGGGCAUAAAAUGCAGCGAGCGUCGAAUGGAUUUACGCGGCUGGACGAGGUAGAGCCCAACACAGUCUAG